AUGGUCAUUGACGCUGGAGUCUCUGCAUUGAUGGCAGGCCCUCUUGUGGUUAUUGUCUGUUGUGCGGGUGGUCUUCGAACAUACUUCCAUUGGAUGAAUCGACGAUUACGAUCUGAAGUAGAUGGCAUUGAAUCUGGAGCCGAACAGCCACGGAUAAGGCCACAUCGGACAAGAAGGGAUCGACCGACAUCAAUCGAUCUCGACAAGAUAGACACCAGUGAGAAUGGUCAGGAUAUCAUACGUGCACGCCAAACCAGAACAGAAAGAAUGAUGGGUCACUUUCUGUUUGGAGUAUGCGUCAAGGUCGAUGGUCACAUGGUUAUGGCAAACUCUGAGGAUGGAUCUAAAGAUAUUGAGGCAACAGUUGCCGUACAUGCAGUAUAUGAGUCUAGUCCACAGGAAAAGCUUCCUGCUGACGAAUACGUUUCAACGAAGAAGGAUGAUUCAACAUGCGGCGAUGAGUGCUGUGCGAUUUGUUUGGAACCAUAUGCGAUUGGUGAUGACCUAUGUUCAGGAAAGACAGAGAAAUGCUCUCAUGUGUUUCACGAGCACUGUCUGAUCGAAUGGAUUAGGAGGCACAAUCGAUGCCCACUUUGCAGAUCAAAUCUGAUGCCAGAAGGCGAGCUGCGAAAAGAAGUCGUGUAG